GGAAGUUGCUGCCUUCCCCCUCCUCCCUCUCUCUCCAUCCCUGCUUCCGCCGCUUCCCUCUCGUUGGAGACAAAGGAGCGAGGCCCGAGGCCCGUGUUGGAGCCGAUCUAAUGUCAGCUGGUUGAACACUUUUCUACCAAAAUGUCAAAAAGGCCAUCCUAUGCCCCACCACCCACCCCAGCCCCCACAACCCAAAUGCCCAGCACACCGGGGUUUGUGGGAUACAAUCCAUACAGCCAUCUGGCCUACAACAACUACAGGCUGGGAGGGAACCCGGGCACCAACAGCCGGGCCACGGUAGGAGAAUCAACUAUUACGUCAUCCGGCAAACAACAGGAAGUGACCAGAAAUGGCUUUAGAGCAUCAUCGGGUAUCACAAUCCCCAAACCCCCUAAGCCUCCAGAUAAGCCACUCAUGCCCUACAUGAGGUACAGCAGGAAGGUCUGGGACCAAGUGAAGGCGUCCAAUCCUGACUUGAAGUUAUGGGAAAUUGGGAAGAUCAUUGGAGGGAUGUGGCGAGACCUCACUGAUGAAGAGAAGCAAGAGUACUUAAAUGAAUAUGAAGCAGAAAAGAUAGAGUACAACGAGUCAAUGAAGGCCUACCAUAACUCACCCGCUUACCUUGCCUACAUCAACGCGAAAAGCCGCGCCGAAGCCGCCCUGGAGGAGGAAAGCCGGCAGAGGCAGUCCCGGAUGGAGAAGGGAGAACCUUACAUGAGCAUCCAGCCCGCCGAAGACCCGGAUGAUUAUGACGACGGGUUUUCUAUGAAGCACACUGCCACAGCCCGUUUCCAGAGAAAUCACCGCUUAAUUAGUGAGAUUCUGAGUGAAAGUGUCGUCCCCGAUGUCAGAUCCGUGGUCACCACGGCAAGGAUGCAGGUUCUCAAACGCCAAGUCCAGUCCUUAAUGGUUCACCAGCGGAAACUAGAAGCUGAGCUCCUGCAGAUAGAAGAACGUCACCAGGACAAGAAAAGGAAGUUCCUGGAGAGUACAGAAUCCUUUAACAAUGAGCUGAAGAGGCUGUGCAGCCUGAAGGUGGAGGUGGACAUGGAGAAGAUAGCGGCCGAAAUUGCUCAGGCCGAGGAGCAAGCCCGCAAGCGGCAGGAGGAGAGGGAGAAGGAGGCCGCGGAGCAAGCCGAGCGCAAUCAGAACAGCACAAGCGCCGAGGAGGAGCAAGCAGCCAGCAAGGCAGAGGAGAAGAAAGAAGAGGGGAGCACUCCAAUGGAAGCAGAGGAGCCUCCUGCAGAAGAAACCAUUGAGAGCCAGCAAAACGGUGAAGGGACAUCCACUCCGGAAGACAAGGAGAGUGGCCAGGAAGGAGUCGAAAGCAUGGCGGAAGAAGGAACAAGCGACAGCAACACUGGUUCCGAAAGCAACAGCGCCAUGGUCGAAGAACCGCCAGCUGACCCGGUGGUUCCGGAAGACAGUGAAAAGAAAGAAUAAAUUUUUAGCUACUUUUCAUGCAUCUCCCUUUUUUAAAAACAAAAACAAAAGAUUAACAGCAUGGGAAAGAAAAGAGGUGGUAUGUAGGCUCCUCUUGGUAUCGUUUCAUGUUUUGUAUGUUGGUCACCACCAAAUGGUUACUGGGCAUUUUAACUUUUUGUGACAUCCGACAUAAUGGAUUUAGAGCGAUCAGUUGGCACAGAAGCAGAUCACAGCUCGCACACAGGUGCAUCAUAAUCCACAACAGCAGCAUCACUCUUCUCUCUCAAGGAAGCAAUUUUACUCUAUGAUUUGCUUUUUAAAAUUUUCCUUGUGCUUUCUUUCCAGGGAAAAGUUAUAGAGUGUUUUAGAGAAGCAUCCACAUAUCUUCAUAAUCCCUUUGUUCUCAGUUGGAGACUUGGCAACUUCGAAUCAGCUUAUUAAGGUAGAAGUUCUGCCAAAUUCACUCUCCCUCUUUCACAUUAUUUAAAAUUGUGCGUGGAACUGAUACUCCAGACGUCCAUUCCUUUCAGAUAUAAUUAAAAAUUGGUUAUCAGUGAAAAGCACAAAUUUCCUUCCUUCAAAAUUAAAUUGCCAUUCGUUUUUGUGAAGAAAGGAAGUUUCCUGUUCCACAAAACUGCAUUUCUGGGCUUAUUUUUAAACCCCUUCUUGUUUUAUUUCCUCUCUACCCAAAAUACUUUUUUAAAAACACCACACACCUUAUAGUUUUAAACUAGUUUUUUUUGGGUUUUUUUAAGAACUUGUUAGGGAAAUCCUUAUACAACUUUGCAUGGAAAUAGCAUGGAAAGAUCUGGAUAAGAGCUACAAUCGCAGGACACCUUCUUUGCUCUUAACGUUCCACUUUUUCAUUGUCUGUAAAAGAAAAUCUGACUUUCCAACGCUGGGGGGGCGGGGGAGAGAUAAAUGUAAUAUUUCAGAAGUCUGAAAUGUGAGAAAGGCCUUUAACCAGAAUGCAGUUUCUCCCCAGGCACAUGGUGAUUAAGACCAUUCCCUCUGAAAAUGCAACUGCAUUAUACAGCUUCAUUAAGUCCUGGGGCUCUAUGAAGCAAUGUGGGAUCCUUGAGGGAUUCCCAUCACUGCCAUUUUGAUUCUCCUUGAUCCCUUUCCUAAGAACGAUUUGGUGCAAAGGCGGUAGUGGAACACAAUCUAAGGCAGUUGUUUGAAGCUUGUCAGAGCAUUUCCCCUCCCACGCUGUGCUGUAUUACCACGGCACCAUGCAAGCAAUUCACGUCAAACAGCUCUUUGGAGUUGCAGCGAGCUCUUAGGAUCCCUUACAGCGCCACCAAGUUAUUUGUUUUCCUUGUUAAACGCAGGCUGUCUGAGAAUUUUGCUUCAGGGUUGCCCUCCACAGACGUCUUCUCAGAGGAUUAAAAAAUAAAUUAGUAACUUUAAGGGAAGGCAACGCCAGUCUUUUUGUGAGUGUCUCCUAAUCCGUUGUUGGUUUAAAGAUUUAUGGUGGGUUUUGUUUUGUUUUGUUUUUCAAACAACUCUCUUUGUUCUGUUUUAAAUGGUUUUUCACGUAAUAAACUAAAACAUGUUUUAA